AUUAUUCUCAAACAUAUUAUCCAAAUAGCCAAAUACUCAUUUUCGUUUCGUUGCUAUAUCCCUUCGGAUGUAACUUAACGCUUAAGUAUAGGAAUCAAGAGGUCAAGGUCAACCCGACGUUCUGUCUCCGUGCUAAACUCCACUUCGUCAUCCACAAUUUUAGCGAGCAUAGAUAAACACACGCAACACAACCAAACCCACAAAAUAAAAAAUAUCAUCUACUCACAAUCUCUACACCAAAUUUGAUUACCAAAAAUUAUAACAAUGGGAGGCGGAGUGGCGAUGAGAGUGGCCGGAAAGAUCGCCGGCGUCGUCAACGGCAACUUUCGCGGCGGGUUGCCGGCGUUCCCUGAAAACAUAACGUCCGCUGCGUUUAAGGCCAAUACGGCCCGGCCCAUCACGGGUGUCGUAUCUGAUGCGCAGUUUGAAGGUGCGUGUUCGACGGUGAAUAAGCCUUUGAUUGAGUUUGAAGACUGGGAAGAGGUGGGGAGUGGGAGUCGUGCUGGUGUGGGCCAGGGCUUGCCGAGGGUUGUGUUUGGUGGGGCCCCCACUAUGGAGGAAGCUCAAGAUGCUACCUUGCAACUUCGUACUGCUCUUGAUCAGGCUUACCUGUCUAAUGAAUCCAGUGAAGGUUCAUGUGAAUCGCAUAUAGGAGAUGACAAGUCGUCUCUUUCAGACUCGGGCCAUUUUGAGUCCAAAACUUGUGUUACCAAAGCCUCGGCACCGAAUCAGGCUAUUCAGGCUUUUCGCUUGCUCAAAGAAAGUGCUGCUGCUCAGACUGUCGUAGCCUCAAUUGCAAGUGAUCCAAAUGUCUGGACUGCUUUUAUGAAAAAUGAGGCGCUUUUGGAAUUCUUUCAGUCCCAAAACACUGGUGUGAAUGGUAGUUUUGAGGGAUCAACUGCUGAUACUGAGUCUCCAGGCUACCAGUCUCCCAAGCACUCUGACAAUGAGACGUUUAAUGAGAAAGAGCAGAAGAAUGGUUUCAAUAGUUUUUUGAAGGACAUCAAAGAAAAAGUAGAGGAUAUGAUGAACAGCUUAUCUAGUUUCUUUCAGAAUCUUUUUGCUGGUCCAGCAGCUUCUGAUGGAAGUGCUAAAGUUGACAAGACUAUGGGUGCUUCAAUAAUGGGACUGGCUGUCAUGGUUAUUAUGGUGGUUGUGCUUAAGCGUGUUUAAAUGUUGUUACUAAUUUGUCGAAGCUACUGGACUUUGGAUUUUCAAACCUCUUUAAUGCUGUAUUGUCGGAUGAACCUUUCUUGGUUGCAUGAUAAACCAUUUAGGUUUUAAAUAAUUACUUAUUUGAUGUUUAACUAGAAAUUGUUUCGCUCCUUGAGCAUAUUCUAACAGUUUAUUUGAGUCGUGCUUAAAUUUGUCUA